CCCUCCCAACCUCCCUCCCUCCCCUCUUUUCCUCUGUACAUGCAUAUUUCCUUUGACACUUCUCCGGGAGAAACAGAGGGAGCUGGCGAGAGUAGCUGCUAGGAAACUUCUGGAAAGGAAGAUCCUUUCGGUCCUUCGUCUCCCUUGCCUCUUUCUCGAUCCCUGUCAGCGGUCUUUCUGCGCGGCAUGGGCUGCAGCAAUUCAUCCGUGAGCAGCACCUCUGGAGGGGCUCCUGCUGAAGCAUCCAAAGAUAUAGCGGAGGAGCCCUUGCCAGACGACGAAAAGAGAAGGAAUUAUGGCGGUGUGUAUGUGGGUCUGCCGGCUGACCUGACCACUGUCGCUUCCAGCCAGUCCAAGCCCACUCACAAUGAUUAGAGAACUAGAAAGCAGGAGCCGGUAAUGGGUGACGAUCAUCCCGGGACAAAGGGCCGUGGGCAGCGGGAGGCACGGGCGGGGUUGGGUUAAACGCUACGAGGCGCUGACCCGGCUGGACGCCGCGGGACCGCCAGCCCCCCGGGGACAGUUUGGGGAAGGGGGGGAACGCGAGGAGGGGUCGGGCGCUCGGCUCCAGAGACGGCAAGGUCGGCUUGAAAGAACGUCAGAGGUCAAAGCCGAAGCCGUUUUCCUUCGGUUCGUCCGCCGAGAGCAAAACUUUGUCGUGCGGUGAGCAAAACUACGACACCACGACCCUGCGGGAUUUUUCCCCAAAUGCUUUGAUUGGCCUUGAUAUGUUAUGUACUCUGAGGUCUGACGCAGGCUUUGGCCCAAUGCAGCGACACUGCCUCCUGCUGGUCAGGACGAGCACUGCAGCGCAAUCGCAUCCUUAUUCCACAGCCCUCGGCCCCUUGGCCUGGACACGGACCCCACCCUCUCGCCGGAGGACCGACGAUACACGAUACGAGACCCCUCACGUACGCACGACUCGGGUUAGCCUGCGAGUGCCGAUUAUUUUUGGAUUCAAGAUUUCGUUAUUCGCCGACGAAUGGAAACGUCCGACCAUGUUUUUUUUGUUGCUUGAGAACACUUGAUACGGGUUUGUAGAAAAGAAUGUCAGCUUAAAUCGAAAUUAACUUGUGAAUUUUGCCGUCGUUGGUCUGUUUUUAAGUGAGAAGCAACGACACUGACGGUGGUGAAGGCCGAAUGGGAAUGCAGUCUUGUUUCUGUAGCUUCUGUGGCUCCGUAGCAUUGUCGCAGUAAUUCAGCAUUUAAAUGUUUUCUGUUUUCUGCGUGUUUGUACAAUGGCAAUAAACGUACACUUCAUGUUUGCUUUA